GUGAAAGUGGUGCCAAACUGCGUUAAUUCCACCUCUUUGUCUCCGGCCUCCCAAACGCGAAAGUCCUGGCAGGCGGGCUCAGCGUAGUCCCGCCUGCUUCGGAUCCUGACGAAGAGGAGGAGGAGGAGGAGGAGGAGGAGGAAGAGGGCCGCAGCCCCGCCUCGACAACAAGAGGGACCAUCCCGGGGCGUCCUCUCCGCCGAGCCCUGGGCCAAGGGCUUCUCUCUCUCUCUCUCUCUGUCCCUCUCUUGCGGGGAAGAUGAGUGCCGACGCGCUGCCGCUGGACUGCCUGCUCCACCUCUUCGCCUGCCUGGAGGUGCCCGACCUGCUCCGAGCCGCCCAAGUCAGCAAGACAUGGAACGAAGCAUCAGAGACCACUUCUCUUUGGAGAAAUUUGUGUCUAAGACGGUGGGCCUUCUGCAAUAUCUCUGUGAUCCCAGGAAUGCAGACCUGGAAAAAGUACUACCUCCACCGAUCAAACCUUGAGCAUAAGAUGGAAUCAGGACGGCCUUCAGUUGAUUAUACAUGUAAAGCUAUUAGAGGACAUAAAGGAGUAAUAAAUGCCAUGGCUUAUCUAUCAGAGAAUGAACACACUUUUGCAACAGGAAAGGUGAAGUCUAUUGUAUGUACUGCAUCUUCUGAUGGCACUAUCAGAGCAUGGAAUGUCCAAGAGGGCACGCAGAUUUGGUCAAGUCCACAACAGGAAGCUCCACUACUAAAUAUUAUCACAUUUCCUCUGCAUAAAUUGGCAGCUACCACAGACUCUCAGGGGACAGUGAAACUGUGGCAUGGAGACACAGGGGAAGAGCUUGCAGCAUUUUCAGUGUCAUCCUCCUCGUGCUCUGUGGUUGGCUACACAAUAAACAAUAAGCCAUUCCUAACGGUAGGCACCGGAGAAGGUGUACUCUACCAAUUGGCAGCUGCUGACUUAAGCCAGGUUUUACGCACAAAAGUGUUUCACGCUGGUGGCAUAGAGUUGUCACUCUGCUCGCCAGAUGGACAAUGGAUAAUUGUUUGUCCUACUGAUCCUGCUUAUUCGCCAAAGGUAUUCUACACACAUUGUGUAACUCACCCAGAUGAUGAUGAACUGAUGUUGUCUAGCCCCUUACCAGUCACAGACCACCGUCUUGUCACCUGCUGGUUACCAGCAGAACCAGCAAGAAUAGCCAUAAUGCAUAACGAUGAGAUUAAUUUUCGCAUUGUUUGCUUUGAUAUAGCCAUUGAGAAGAAGUCCAGAUAUAAAAGAAACAUUACAGCUCAACAGGUUGCAAGCUUCACGUUACCAACACAAGAACCAUGGAUGACUGAGAAGAUCAUGAAAGGAUCUGGCAAACAAACUAUUCUUAUAGCAGCUGGAUUGGAGCUGAAAUUAUACUCUCUGAUGGGGACUGAAUUAAUGGCUUUCAAGGAUCACUAUAAAAUUAUUACAUCAAUCUGGGUGGAUCCAUUUCAUGUUGUUACAUCAUCCAUGGACCUCUCUCUCCGUGUGUACUCCUGGAAAAAUGACAACAAAUCCUCCUUGUUGAUUAGUUGCUAUCAUUUACUAGGUGGUUCUCACAGAUGGUCAAGGAAAAUUCAGCUGACUGGAAAUGUUCACGCAAAGGAACUUCAAUAAAAUAUUCUUCAUCUUGUUUCAUGCUCAAAUCUGAAAGGAAGAAGAAAAGUUAAUGAAUAUAUUUCUAAAUAUGCCAUAAACAGAAAAGUCAUGAUACUCUAUAAUCGAUACAGGUUGAAUAUUAAUUAUCCAAAAUGCUCGGGACCAAAAGUGUUUUCGAUUUCAGAUUUUUGAGUAUUUUACAUGUAUAUGUGUACAUAAUAAGGUAUCUUGGAAAUGAAAUUGAAGUCUAAAAAUGAAAUUCAUUUCUGUUUUAUAUACAACUUAUACACAGCCCAAAGGUAGUUUUAUGUAAUGUUUUAAAUGAUUUGUGCAUAAAACAAAGUUUGUGCACAUUGAACCAUAAAGGAAAGCAAAGGUGUCAUUAUCUCAGUUACCCAUGUGGACAAUUUUGGAGUAUUCUGGAUAAGAAACACACAACCUGUACUUUAGUGCAAUAAACCCAUUCUACUUCUUAUAAGAAAAAAUAUGGUUUUGGAAUAUAUACUGCUUUUAUAAGGUGUGCAUUUGUUGUACUGAAUUCCAAUUUGGUAGAUGCCAAAUGUUCCAUGUAAGUUUGCCUAAGUAAUAAAACACUUUUUUUUGCAUCUGGAACAGACAACAUUAGCAUUGUGUGAUGAUACGUGGAUAUGCUCCACUCCUCUUUCCUGCCAUUCUUCAGUCCCUUUAUGCAUAAAAACUAUCUGCAAAGGAGCCUCACCUAUUUCAAAGAUAUUCUCUCGAGAGUACAGAAUAUUUGGGGGUGAGGGUCUUUUUGGCACAAGGUACAAAACAUGGAUGACUGGUUAUGACCAUAAAUACAAUACACAGUAAAAACACAGAAGCAUAAAACAGACAAGCUGGUCUAAAAAUGAAGAACACAAUUGAAGUACCUAGUAUUUUCAAAGGCUGUGAUCACAAAUCUGUACCCCUUAAUGUUAGUGACCUGUAAUGUCCAUCCGCCCAAAUCAGCAUAGCUGAUGUUAAGAGAUGACAAGAGCUAUAGUCCAACAAGUGGACAGCAAUUCGUUCUCAUGCCUGCUAUACACGUGAAAAUUGCCUAUCAGGUAUGUUUUGUUUCCAGAACUCGGGAUUUUCAUACAAUGAAAAUGGCCUCAAAAAUUGUUUAUUAUAAGACCAGAACAUGGUUAUCAAGUUGCCUCAUUUAGAGGGCUAUCCACAAUUCCACCGACUGAAAACCUUAUUUAAAAUUUUUCCAAGACUGUGUCCAUUUAGGUAUGAUGAAAGGCUGCGGUUUUCGUGUUUUUAUUACAAUAUAUUGAAUUAACCACAUUGCACCUGCUCUUUUACAAGCAACUAGGAGCCUCCAUGACACAUACAAUUUUUAAAUACUAAAAAUAAUUUCCUUGCUAUC